CUAAUUAUAAAUUGAAAUGGUAAUUGAAAUCUGGUAAUUUCCCAAAUCCCAGCUAUAAUCCAACCGUGGGUUGGUGGUUUAUUGCAUGUUUUCGUUCGGAAAGGACCUUUCAGCAAAUUCAACAUCCUACAAUCUGGUAACUUCUUUUAUAAAUCAUUGCUCGUUAAUUAUCUCCUUUGCUUAAUCAAGUUUACUUCUUGUUUGAAUAGCCAAAACCAAAUUACAUACACUAGUUGCAUGUUACGUUUUAAAAUGCCUGCGUCGUCUGCCGCCGCUUUUCUUCGCUUCACUUUUUGGACACUGCUGAUUUCGCCGGCAGUUUCCCUCACUUGCUCCACCCAAAAGUUCAACAAAAACCAAGUUUUCUCCACCUGUAUCGACCUUCCUUAUCUUUCCUCUUACCUUCACUUCACCUACGACUCUCCCAUCGCCACCCUCUCUGUCGCCUUCGUCGCCACUCCUCCCAAGUCCGGCGGCUGGAUUGCAUGGGCCAUUAACCCGAAAACCACUGGCAUGGUUGGUUCACAAGCCCUCGUUGCCUACAAAAACUCCACCACCGGCGUUCCAGUCGUCCGAACCUACGAUAUCAGCUCUUACUCUUCGAUCGUACCGAAGGAUUUGUCGUUCGCGGUUUGGGAUAAGACGGCGGAAAGCAGAAGCGAUGGGAGCUUGGUGAUUUUCGCUAAAAUCAAAGUUACGGCCGAUUUAGCGGCUAGUGGAAAGAUUAACCAAGUAUGGCAGGCCGGUCCCGGAGUCGGAGACGGCGGCAUGUUGGUAAAACAUGAGUUCGCCGCCGCUAAUUUGCAGUCCAAAGGAACACUCGACUUGAAAAAUGGACACACUAGUGGUAGCUCCGGCGGAGACACCACGAUUAAGAAAAAAAACAUUCAUGGGAUACUAAACGGCGUGAGUUGGGGAAUUUUGUUUCCACUCGGAGCAAUGAUUGCGAGGUAUAUAAGAGCGUUUGAAUCUGCAGAUCCAGCUUGGUUUUAUCUUCAUAUGUUGUGUCAGAUAUCGGGUUACGCCAUUGGAGUUGCCGGCUGGGGAACCGGUCUUAAGCUCGGAACUGAAUCGCCGGGGAUUAUGUAUUCUAGUCACCGGAAUAUCGGCAUCGCCCUUUUCGUUUUAGCUACCGUGCAGAUUUUUGCCUUGUUUCUAAGGCCGAAGAAGGACCACAAGUACCGAUUCUAUUGGAACAUUUACCACCACGGUGUCGGAUACGCCGUACUCGUCCUCGGCAUCCUCAACGUGUUCAAGGGUUUCGAUAUCUUGAACCCCGACCGCAAAUGGAAGUUGGCUUACAUGAUCAUCAUUAUCGCCUUGGGCGCCAUUUCCUUGUUGUUGGAAGCAAUUACUUGGGUUGUAAUUUUGAAGAGAAAAUCCGGAAAAUCCAACAAACCUUACGAUGGAUACAACAACGGCCAAGGUGGACGACAGAAUCUUGCCACGUGAUCCAUCGAAAACAACAUGAUUUCGUAUCGGACUUGUUUUAUCGUCGAUCUCUCGUGUUCGAAAGUUUUGUUUCGGGUUUGAUCGCUUUUAGACCACUUAUUUAUAACGGUGUUGUUGUCAAUUGGGUCAUUUAGUAUAUGUGUAUAUCUACGUAUUGUAUAUGUCAGUGAGUUUUAGGUUAAUAUUUCUUGCCAAUAUUGUUCAAAUUUAUCUAAUUUUAAAUUAACCUUUCAAAUUUUAAAA